UGAAUUUUGCAUAAAAAAUUACAAUGCUAGGAAACAUAGUAUCCUGAGGCGCGUGGUCGAAAAGUAUAGUAUAGACGAAGGUUUUUAGUGUGCGUGAGGUGGUGGGGGCGUGAGUGCGUGCGCCCGGCAUAAGGAACUGCCGGGUAGGGAGCUCGAACUAGGGGACUCGCACGCACACCACCAAGCUAGCGUUACAUUGUGAUCCUGGAAUGAAACUACGUUACGUAGCGGGACGCGCACACGUGCACAAUACACAAGCGCCCGUUUACUGCUCAUUCGCGUCCCCCUGCAGUUGGUUGCCUGUGCGAGCGGGUGACUCCGCGUUCAUGGCACGCUGUAAAACAACUCACUUCACUCUGUUCCACUCAAACUAGUUGUGUUCGAGACUGUGUACGUUACACGCGUUCCGUGACUCGACACGGGCAGUCUCCUUUGUUCUGUUGCUUUAGAAAUAAGUGCAAUGUAAAAGUUGUUCAUGAAAACAAAGUUUAGAAUCGAGUGAAUGGGCGAGGUCACCGGUCUUCGUAUAAUAAAACGGCCGCCGUGCAGUGCGGUAGAGGCGAAGUCCCGCGCAGACUCCGAACGCGAUACAAAAAAUAAACUCGUUUCGUACUUCUAAAUUACUCGGAUGACAGAAACUUUAACGCUAAACAUAUCCCGCCAUUUAUUCGAAUACUUCCUUUUCCGGCGAGUGUUAUAUCGUACAAAAAAAAACAAUGUGAGGAGUUGAAAAGGGCACGGAGCACCGGCCUUUUGGCACACAUUACUAAUAGUGUGAAGUGAUGCUUUAUGAGUCAUUGCACGUUGCGAUGUGAAUGAAAUGAUGAAUGUACAACCGAGCGAACCAGCUAAGUGGCAGCGUGGAGGAUUCCUCUUCUCCCUUAACCGAAGCUUUCGGCUGAAUGUCAAAUCGAAAAGCACCAAUAACUCACCUGUGGAAAAUAAACAAACAGGACAAACUAUGACGGCGCUCAUGUCGGGUCUUAAUUCAACCGGCGAUGGUUCAUUAGCUCUGAGGCCUCUUGAAAUAGUCGCUCCACGCAUCGACACCUAUCGGUUCUCGAUGGCAAAUCUCGAAGAAACGCAAGACGCUGAUCUUGACGCCAUUCUGGGCGAACUAUGCGCUCUCGAUUCCGAAUAUGACGAAGAAUUAUCUAGAGUGUCAUCAGGCUUUGCAUCCGGAUCAAAAGACAGGGUACCGAGAACCACUGAGCCCUGUACCGUGCGUCAGGAGAAGGACAACAGCGAUGCGGCUUCGGGGAUCACGCGCACCGAGUCCCCGGACAAUGACUCCGCUUUCAGUGACACAGUAUCCAUGCUUUCGAGCGAAUCUUCGGCUUCUAGUAGCGCGAGUGCGAAAUGCAAAGCCUUAAAAUUGAAUUUACAUCAAAAUCAAAAGGACGCGAGCUUCCAACAAAAGGCGGACAAGAUUAAAUUAGCAUUAGAGCGCAUGCGAGAAGCAAAUAUCAAGAAACUGUUCAUAAAAGCGUUUUCAAUGGAUGGAUCUUCGAAGAGUUUAUUGGUUGAUGAGAAAAUGACUUGUGGAUAUGUGACGCGUUUGCUGGCGGACAAAAACCACGUUAAUAUGGAACCGAAGUGGGCAAUAGUUGAACACUUGCCUGAUCUCAAUAUGGAACGAGUGUACGAGGACCACGAAAUGUUAGUAGACAAUUUAAUGUUAUGGACGAGAGAAUCGAAAAACAAAAUAUUGUUUGCCGAAAGGCCAGAUAAGAUUUCGUUGUUCCAAGCCCCCGAAAAGUUUCUACUGAACGAUAACGAUCGGGGUCGUUCAAGUGAACAAGACGAUCACUCAAGGCAAGUGAUGCUAGAAGAAUUUUUCGGACAAAACGGUGCCGGAGCCAGUACUGUCCCUUCUGUAUCCGGACAUCCGGUCCCGCCGAUGGAGGGACCACUUUACCUGAAGAACGACUCCAAAAAAGGAUGGAAAAAAAUUUACUGCGUCCUCCGACCAUCAGGGCUUUACUACUCGCUCAAAGACAAGGUGAAAACGUUGAAAGAACUCGUCUGCUUGGCCACUUUCGACACCAACGAAGUAUACAUAGGUCUGAACUGGAAGAAGAAAUACAAGUCCCCAACAGACUACUGCUUCGCUAUCAAACAUCCGAGACUCCAGCAACCGAAAAGCGUCAAAUUUAUCAAGUUCUUGUGCGCUGAAGACCAGCAGACAAUGGAAAGAUGGAUGACAGCUAUGCGAAUAGCUAAGCAUGGAAGGCAAUUGCUUGAAAAUUACCGGUCCUUAGUUGAGGAGCUCACUCAAGAAGAUUUAGAUCAUCUUGCUCACGCGCGUUCUUGUUCCAUUACUUCAAUACCGACAAAAACGAACAACGGUGUGACAAACAUAAAUAGUCCAGCUCAAUCAACGUCAAGCAACAUGAGUGUUGCCAACUCGGACAUUAGCAGCGGGAGACAUUCGCGUGCUUCUUCAUCGAGCUCGAGUGGUUGUCUAUCGGAUGGAGGUACUGCUUCUGAAAGCGCUUUCGACUGUGAAUUUCCUAUGGGUACAAUAAAACGCAAACCAUCUAUGAAACCCAACAUUCCGCUAACGUGGAUGACUCGACAAUUGAAAGAGAUGGUGGAGAAAGACGAUAUUACUUCAGAGGCUGACGGUAUCGGUGAUUCGGGGACACUCACCAGGAAGCCCAGGAAGAAUCGCUGUGAUGACUCUACACUGAAGCGCCAUCAUAAUAUUGAUUCAACGGAUACUAGUGUGUAUGGCACAGCUACUACCGUGAGCAUUACAAGUACAGAAAGUCCAGUCCGAAAGGAGCCUGUUUCUCCGACGUACGAUCACUAUGACACAAUAACUCGCGACAGCUCCUUCAGAAACAGUACAGACAAUAGUUCAUCUCUGUACGGAUACACCACAAUAUACGACAAAGUGCAGAAACAACAAGCUGAAUGUACCGUUGAAGAUUUGCCUUUGCCACCGCCCCCUGUCGUUGCAGAUGUCCCAGACGCAAUGUUCAGUUCAACACUGAGCCUCGACAGCCUUCCUCCACCGCCGCCACCGCUGGACGCGAUUGAGGAUUUGUCGGGAUCUCUACUAAGCCUUCCCCCACCACCACCCGAGCACGCCAUGGAGGCCAACAGUGGUCGAGUGCAAGACAUCGUCAGUCAACUGACGGCACAACAAAUAGAACAAGCUUCGCGAGCUGGUCAAUGCAGAGUUACAGCUCGAACAAGUGAGCCGACCCGUUCCUUCCCGAGGCAACCCUCUCUCGACAGCGUCCACUCGGAGGCUUCGCGUAGCUCGUCACUCCCAUCUGACAAAAGCAUUUAUGGCCCGCAAAACGUCGCGUAUGGGGCCUGCCUAGUCGAGUUGCAGACUAAAAAAUUAAGCAGCCCCUCCAUUCAAAAAAAGGUGAUCACACAAACUGAACCAACGAAGGAGCGAACGGGUUCUAUAAAAAAAGUUAAUUUUGCCGAUGACUUACCGACGUGCUCCGAAAAGAAGGUCAAAAAGAUCUCGUUCAAUCUCAAAGAGCAACCUCCGCUUUCGCCGCGGAAACCGCCCCCGCCGAAACGUAACGAAAGCACUCGACUUACAUCACCGAAAAAGCUAGUCGAUUCAAACAGUAAUCCUCCAAAGGAAUUUCUAAAAGAUCUGCAGAGGGUGAUGCGGAAAAAAUGGCAAGUCGCACAAAAGUGUAAACUCGAACCGGCAACAACUCCGCACGAGGUACUUGGUUUCCGUGAAUAUCCACUUGCGGAUGAUUACAAAGAGACGAGCGUGUCGAUGUGGGUGCAGGAGCACUACGGCAGCGGCGUGGAGGACCCCUUCUACGAGAACGUGUAUAGUGCGGAACAGACGGCAGUGCGACGCGAGGAACCCAAGCCCAUAAAGAAGCGUCCACCACCAGCACCGCCGCGACGGAGCGACUCCACGCACCUGUCCACGCACCCGCACGCCUCAGCCGUACAGCCCACCGCUUGAAACGCGACCUCCUACAAAUACCACUCAACGGCAAUUAAACGAAAUGUUGAUUCUAAGAGGAAAGCAAAAAAAACAUAGACAAUUAAGGUUUGAAAAACUUAAAUGUUUAAAUUUGGGUGUUAAAAAUAAUAUUAGGAGAGUUUAAUAUGAAAAUAAUUCUCAGUGUACCUAUCGUCACUAUAUUCCAUCCGGAUAUUCAUAACGUCUACGCUCUCUUUAGGUGAAAACUGACGUAAUUUAUUAAAAAUUACGAAUAAAAAAUUUUACAAAAAAAAAAACUAAGUAUAUUAAGACCAAAAUUUUGAUAUUGUUCACAUUUAUAAGACUUUCUUUAGGACAGUUAUUGUAUGGUUAUUUGUAUGGAGGUGCUAUUGUAAAGUUGUAUACUAAGGUAUAUGAAGGGAUUUGUUGUAAGUUUACUUGUAACUGAAAAUGAAAGUGACAUUUCGAUAAUUGUAUGUUAGAAUAAAGUCACGCAUUGGCAGCCGAUCUAUUGGAUUCGAUAUAAAAUUUUAACUUUAUUUUAUUUUCAGCAGUUACAAGUAAACUGAGGAAGGAAGCGAAGUUGGAGUUUGAUGAUUUUAUUUUACGUUCCUAGUCAAUAUGCACAUGAUUUCGCGGAUAUUUAUGAACAUUUUUUUUGGAUUUUAUAUUUCUAAAUAAUUUUAUUGUUUUUAGAAAAUUUAUAUUAACACGCGACGAUAAAAUGUAUGUUGAUCUUAUUAUUUUCACAAAUAUAUGCUAACACUUCACCACGAUAAAUGAAAGAAAGUUGCAUUUCAAUUAUGUAGAUGAGGUUCUUUUAAUUCGAUAUGCGAUUCAUUCACAAAUCGUUUUAACCGUUUAUUCUUCAUAAAGUGUUAUAAUUUUAAAUGAUUUCUCACACUCUUAGUUCACACUUUGAGAUAGUAUUAGAUUAUAGUUUUAACUGUAUAGGGAUUUUAAAUCUUCUCAUUAAAAUAACAACGUUCUGUUGUCUCAAAUUAACCAAUUGUAUGAACGAGACCUAACCAGUGGAAUCUCGGUAAUCCCUCGUCAUAAAUGUUGUUACAGUCAUUCCAUAAAUGAAUUUUUACUUAUCGACGCUUGAAAGGCAAACGUGACUAAGCGACAAUGCGUGAACUUUACAGUAGACUAAUUUAAAGUCGAAAUACCUGAAAACAAAAUUUAUUUUAACGAAUCUAGCUGUAAUAGAAUCUAGCUAGUAGCUAGAUUCUCUAGUAGUAGCUAGUAGCUAGGAUUGAAAUGAUUUUAAUAGACCUAGAAAUAUAUAUUUUUUGCGCAUCGAAUAUGGUUAUUGCCUAUCAUUUCUGUACAAAGCAGUUAU